AACUACAUUACUUUCUCUCUGUGUAGAUUCUUCAGGGUCCACUGGCAAUUACCGUUCGUUUAGCAUUCUCAGCCUGCUUAUCAAUUAAUCAGCUUUUAAGCUGCAUCGUCAGCGUCGACGCCGACUGAGGGGGCGCGUAGUCCUCUGCUGCUGCGAUAGAUGCACUUCGUUCGCUGAUUUUCGCCAUUAAUUGCGUCUGUGGUCGUCUAUGUGUGCUGUGCCUUAUGGGUGAGAGCGGAAAGCGGAAAACCCUCAAAAAUAAAGAGCAUAUAAACCUGAGUACAUCGUUGCCGUAAUUCAAUUCAAUGGCUAGUGUGUGUGUGUGUGCUCUAUGGGUUGCUCGGUAGAUGUGGGUGUGGGUUCGGUCGGUGCGAGUGUAUCUGUGCACAUUGCCCGAUGCUCGCACCGCUUUUCAGUAAUAAUCAUUCUGUGCCUGACCGUUGCGGGUUCCGUUCUUGGCCCACCCGAAGUGGUUCCAUUAUAAAAGACGCGUGCCAUUCUCCAGGCCGAUGGAGUUGGAUUCGAGACAGCAAAGGUUCCGUGUCCUGCCUGGCAGCCUCUAAAUAAAAAAAAAAAAUUAAAAUAGCACAUUGUAGUGCAAAUUCGAGUGAAAGUGACAGCGAUUCGUUAAAUAUUACAUAAAAAAAGUUAUAGUUGUUGAAUUAUUAUACGGUUGAAAUGCAUUUUAUUACCUCUUGGGUGCUAGCAUUCUGCUCCCUGGCACUCGGCCGGGCCAACGAUUGGGGGUACCCGGACUGGGAAACCGAUUCGACUCUGUCUUUUCCCAAGUGGGGCGGACUCUGUGAUAGUGGAACCAGGCAAAGCCCCAUAAAUAUAAAUGCCAUCACUUCUCUCAAAGGCGAAUUCGAUCCCUUGAAGUUAAAGAACUAUGACGACCCCCAGAGCGAUCUGCAAAUGGUUAACAAUGGCCACAGCAUCCAACUAUCGGGAUUUGAUGAUGAUUUGAUUGUCAGUGGGGGUGGACUAUUGAGCGAUUACGUUGUCGAACAAGUCCACUUCCACUGGUGGUCGGAGCAUACUAUCAACGACAUCCGGUAUCCCCUGGAGAUGCACAUCGUCCAUAGGAAUACCAUUUACCCCAAUAUGUCCAUGGCGAGCGAAUUCAAGGACGGCCUUUUAGUGAUCGGAGUCCUUUUCCAUGCUUCUCCUACCCCAAACCAAGGGAUCGAAAAAAUUGUGGAACACUUGAAGGACGUGAAGAAUGCCUCGAACAUAAAUAACGCAGUUUCACUUAAGAUAAAUAAACUGGCUAUUAUGGAAUUGCUGCCAAAUAUGGAUAACUAUUUUACGUAUGCCGGUUCCCUGACCACGCCCAACUGCGCCGAGGUUGUCACGUGGAUCGUGAUGUCCGAAACCCGUCCCGUGACCUUUGAUCAGGUGAAACAGUUCAAAGAAAUCGAGCAUGAGGAGGGCAAACAAUUGACCAACAACUACCGUGAAAACCAAAGUCUAAACGACCGUGCUGUUGUGUUUGUGAUGGGACAAAAAUCGGGAGCGUCCGGAGUCACAGGAUCUCUGGCUCUGAGCCUAAUCGUCUUGGUAGCCGGCCAGAAGUUCCUGUAAUUAAAUAUGUAAUUAUCUGUAAUUAAGAAAAUUCUAAUAGAGAGCAGCCAAUGACAUACUCGUACCAAAGAAGUCGUCACGAUACAUCGAAUUUGAUUUUAAAUAUAAAACCGGAAAACAGGACAAUUUAUACUCAUUAAUUAAUAAGAGAAAAAUAACUAGUCAGUUUGUAUAAUGUUCAUUAAUAAGUGCAAAUUUCACCAAUAAUAAAUGAAAGAUUCUACAAGCAA